CGCGCCACCCGCGAAGCCGACGCGGCAGCGGCGCUGGCCGCGCAGCAAUCGGCGUCCCAGCUACGCGCGCGCAUCGCGGCUUCCCAGUCGCCGCUGCUGCGGCGGCUGGGCGCGUCGACCCUCUCGCUGUGGGACACGGUCGCCGGGCGCGAGGGCACGCGCCCCGCCUUCCGCGUCGGGCAGGUCGAUGCUGAGCUGCUGGAUGAGGAGCUGGUGGCGUUGUUGAGGGGGCAGGUGGGGGAUGCGUUGCGGUAUGUUGGGGGUGGGACUGGAGGGGGGGGUGGUGCGGGUGGUGGGGGGAGUGCGGUGUUGCAUGAUUGGGAGGCGGAGAUUUCGAUGGUGUUGAGGGCGGUUUUGUUUAAGUUGACCGUGUGGGACCAUGAUGCGACGUAUGGGGCGGCGCUGCAGAAUUUGAAAUACACGGAUGCGCGGCGGGAUGGGCCGGGGCUGGUGCCGCCUAGCAGGUGGCAGAAGUCGCUGUAUGGGCUGGCGACGGUUGGGGGGAGGUAUCUGUGGGCGAAGUGGGAGGACUGGUUGCUGGAGCAGGAUGAUGGGUUCGAGGGCCCCAGUCCGGGCGCGCAGAGGCUUGCCCGGUGGAGCUCGACGCUGUCGACCAUGCAUACGUCCGCGGCAUUUGCCUCGUUCCUCGUGUUCUUGCUUAAUGGGAGGUACAGGACGCUGCUGGACCGGGUGCUGCGCAUGCGCUUGGCUCCGCCGACGAGCCAGGUCAGCCGGGAGGUGUCGUUCGAGUACCUCAACCGGCAGCUUGUGUGGCACGCGUUCACCGAGUUCCUGCUUUUCGUGCUACCCUUGGUGGGCAUCAACCGGUGGAGAAGAUGGUUUGCACGGACAUGGCGCAAGACAAAGAAGAUCAUGAGCACAGGUGCCGAGGGCGCCGACGAGAAGAAGGGCGAAUAUUCCUUCCUACCGGAACGGACAUGCGCCAUCUGCUAUCAAGACCAAAACUCAGCGUCCAGCGAAAACGACCUUAUGGCCGCGGCCUCGACCGGCGUUGUCGGCUCGGCACAAACCGACAUUACGAACCCCUACGAAACCAUCCCGUGUGGAUGCGCCUACUGCUUCGUCUGCCUGACGACAAGGAUAGAAAGGGAGGAAGGAGAAGGAUGGUCAUGUCUGCGCUGCGGCGAACUGGUCAAGGAAUGCAAGCCUUGGAGCGGAGAUGUGCUGGAACCCGAAGUAAAAACGCCUGCCGCCAAAACGGUGGUGUUUGCCGAUGACGUCAAGGCCACGUCGGAUAAUGAAGGAUAUGGAGACGAAGAGGGCUCGCAAGUCCUGGUUGAAGAGGAGCCAGACAGCAGUGUGGAGGAUAUUCGCCCGCAAACACCGAGCGUGUCGUCUGAUCGAGCUGAUGGCUCGGAGGGGUCUGAGUUGGGAGAUUUUGAAGCAGAAGAGGACGAGCUGAGUGAAGAUCUGGACAGGUAGCAGACCGAAUCUGUUCAUUUUCAUUGCUAAGCUACAUCCCGCGCCGAGACUUGGUCGGUCAUGGCAUGCGAUGUCAGUUCAAUAGACGGCCAUGGUCUUGUACUUUAGGUGUAGAAUACUAAACAUUUAAUAUCUCUCUGGCUA